ACGGGACGUUUUAUCAGCGGAGGUGGUAUAGGUGGACUAUGCCUUGCUGUUUCCCUGUCAAGGUAUCCGGACAUCAAAGUUGAUGUCUAUGAAGCAGCCCGUAGUUUCAAGGAAGUAGGUGCCGGUAUCAUGGUAUGGGGAAGGACGUGGCAAGUGAUUAGCCUGCUUAACUUGGACCGUACCUUGCGUGAGGUUGCGGGGUUGGCUCUGGAUGGCUCAGAAGGUUUUGGGUUCGAUUUCCGCAGGUCUGACAUGGAAGGCGAAGGCCAUCGGAUACAUCUUCUCAGGCUUCCUUGUCCUGGACAUCUCUUUCACCGCGCACACUUUCUCCAAGCGUUCGUGGAUCAGCUGCCCGAAGGGUCAGCUCAUCUCAACAAACGCCUUGAAUCCUAUAGCCAGUCCAAUGCCCUGAGUCCCAUUGAGCUCAACUUUGCCGAUGGUUCCAUCGCAUCCUGCGAUAUCCUGGUCGGAGCUGACGGCGUCAAGUCUGUAGUUCGUCGGUGCAUGUUCCGAGACCUGACGAAGAAUGGCGAUUCAGAAGUUGCCAAAUAUAUACAGCCCUUCUACAGCGGCACUAUCAAUUAUAGAUGCCUGGUACCCGCAGAACUGUUGCCAGAUAGGGACGGCGAGAUGCAUCGUGCGCGGAGGGAAGCAACCAUGUACUGCGGACUUAACAAGCAUAUCGUGUGCUAUCCUAUAGCACGCGGUAAACUAGUAAACUUCGUAGGCAUGGUGACCCUGCCGGAAGCCGAGGGGUGCAUGUAUACCAAGCCAUGGGUCUCCGAAUGCUCUUCCGAAGAAGUCUUCGACUGCUUUGAGGGCUGGGAGCCUGAAGCUCAAGAUCUGGUCAAGCUGGUACAGAAGCCAGUGAAAUGGGCUGUGCAUCAGCUGCAUCCUUUACCGACAUACAUCGAUAGACGAGUUGCCCUCCUCGGAGAUGCCGCUCAUGCCAUGACCCCGCACCAGGGCGCGGGAGCUGGACAGUCUGUGGAGGAUGCCUUUAUUCUCGCAGGUCUGCUCGGUCACCUCUCGGUAACCAAGAACAAUCUUGAAGAAGCACUUCGGGCCUACGAUCACGUCCGUGUACCCUUCGCCAACAGAGUCAUCGAGGGUUCCAGGAACGCAGGCGCGAUGUACGAGCUGAGAAGCUCUCAUGGCAACGAUUAUUCAACGUUAGCGCCGGCUAUCCAGAAUCAGUGGGACUGGGUCGAGAGCGAAAGUCUCAUUGCUCAGCUUGAGCGAGCUCUCAGAUGGAUGGCCAUGGAUGGCCAAGUAAUAGCGACUGUGAAAGCUUCUUUGUGACAGUUCUUAGACUGUGUAUCGCCAGACUAAAUGUUUUCUCGGCUAAAUUCACAACUUCUUUUCAUGAAUCGAC